CGGACGGUAGACCUAAAGUUGAGAUAUUGGACAGAUUUUUAAACAAAUCAGAAAAGCACAUGUGGCUUAUUUACGUACAUUAGGAUGGGAGAUACGCAUUCAUCAUCUAGAGCUGACACCAGUGAAAUAAACAAAUGACACAGGGAUAUAGACAUUAAGCAGUACCAUACGGGAUGGCAGACGACGACGCCAUUAAUGUGUCGGAGUUAGCUGCAAAGCUCCACGUUGCUAUUAAAGACAACGCGGAGUCAAUGUUCAAUUUAAUACUUGAGCGUUUCAAAGAACAUGCAAUCGAGAUCUGUCUUGAGAAUAUACGCCCAGUUGGUACCAGCCUCCACGUUGCUGCAGCUACGGGCCGGUUAGGCAUGUUGAAAACACUUCUUGAGGUGACGAACAAUCAAUUUGGAAUAAGCUCGGAGUGCGAUUUUAUGAAUGGACACCCAAGGUUGAAUGUAAAAACGGACGAUAUAGAGCUCUCUAUGGCACCAUUACACUUAGCAACAUUUGGAGGACAUUUUUCUUGCAUUGAGCUUCUGUUAAACCUGGGAGCCAAUGUGAACCAACAAGACUCAUGGCUUCGAACAUCUUUACACAUUGCUGCUUCCCAGGGACUGGACGACAUACUGGGAUACCUAGUGCGCAAGGGAGGUGAACUGAACGUACAGGAUCUUGACGGACGCUGUCCAUUGUACAUGGCAGGAUUGAGCGCACGAUCUGCCACUAUUCAGACUCUGCUGGGUUUAGGAGCAGACCCCAACACAGCAAAUUAUGACGGCGAAACUACAUUGCACUUGGCGGCGAAAUUCGGUCUCAAGAAAACUGCUGAAAACCUUAUUGCAAAUGGAGCGAUUGUGAACGCUAAGACACUGACAGGAGAGACACCGUUGAUGAGUGGAUUGAAAUCAGAAUGGAAUAAGAAAUCCCAAGAUAAGGUGAUUCAAUUUUCUAGAUUUUUGAUUCUCCGUGAAGCUGAUGUGAAUGAGCCGGAUCUGACUGGAAUGUAUCCCAUACAUAUUUCAGUGGAGCGAGGAUAUGAAGAGCUUAGUGAAGCUUUCAUGAGAAUGGAUCUCAAAAUGAAUGUCCAAAACGAUGAGGGACAAACAGCACUGCACAUUGCACUGCAGAAGGGAUAUAUGUCAAUGGCAAGAAAAAUUAUGAAUAGAAAGGGGACUCUUUUAAACAUUGAAGAUCACAAGGGGAGGACUUGUCUACAUAUAGCCGCAACAAAGGGGAAUACCGAAAUUAUACGGAUGCUAGUAAAACGAAGUGUGAGGGUGGAAAUGCUGAACGAAAAUGGACAAAAUGCUCUCCACAUGGCGGUUAAAGGUGGUCAUUUGGGUUCUGUGGAGGAACUUUGCGUUGCACAGACUGGUCUUAAUGUGCUUGACUCCGACGGAAGGGCCCCGCUCCACAUAGCUCUAAUCCACAAAGAGGAAGCCAUUGCAAAGAUGUUAAUCGAACGGGGAGUCGAUGUUAAUAUAGCAUCUGCUCCAAAUAGUUCAACCCCUUUGCAUAUCGCUGCUUCAAAAGGACUGCAAAAGUCUUUGUCUUGUUUGAUAUCUCACGAUGCCGUUGUGAAUAGAAAAGACAAACGAGGUAGUGUGCCAUUACACCGAGCAUGCAUGUUUGGUCAGAAGGACAUCGUGAAAAUUUUGCUGGAAAACUCCUCUAACGUCGAUGUUAGGAUGGGAAGGGCGUGUAUUUCUCCUCUUAUGAUAGCCAUAGAAAAAGAGAACAUAAAUAUCAUAAAAAUGCUUUUAGAUAAAGGUGCGAAUGUAAACCUCCAGAGUCGAUACGAAUAUCCUCUACACAAAGCAACUAAGGUUGAAAAUGCCACUAUUGUGCGACUUCUGUUGUCCCACGAAUCCAAAGUAAACUCACGCGGGUGUUUUAAACAAACGGCUCUACAUUGUUGUGCUGGGACUGGGGAACUGGAGAUCGCAGAUAUCCUAAUGGAUGAGGGGGCCGACCUAUUGGCUGUAGAUUCUGAAGAACGUACUCCCCUUGAUAUUGCAAAGCUUGUCAAAGAUAAUGACGAUAUGAUUUACUUACUUGACGCUCGUAUGAGACUUAAAGCAAAGUUUGAAGCAAUGGCGAUGUGACCGAUAACCACUUUAUUAUUGGUUUCAAAAUAUACAAUGUGAACAUAGAAUAAAAAUAUUUUGCAUUCAUAGUUUAUUCAUAAUCAUCUGAUUGACAGAAUUGAUGUCAACAAUUACUACUGUUCAUAAUGUAGUUUCUGAUUGUUUCUAAAUUAUGUUGUAACGCCCUGGUCCUGAUCUGCAUCUUGAGUGGAUGUCGUAGUUGCAGCUGUCUUUCUCUUCUUGGUGUCAUUCUCGUUCCUCGUGGAGUGAAUAUAGUCCCUGACGUUUGGUAGUCCGGAUACGACACACGCACUCAGCGCACUGCGGUAAAUAUUCAUGUCAGUAGCAUCAUACCUGGAAAACCAAAUCGAUGGGUGUAUUUAGAUAGGAAUAAUAUACAAUCCUCUCCAAAAGCUUGAAAUCCUGGACUUCGUAUAGGCGUAAUACUGUAAUAUAUUAUCUAAUCAAUGGGCUGCUGACCUCAUUGAAGAUGCGGAAGUCUGCUGAAAAUUAGGUCCGAUAGCCAUGUCAAGUCUAUUAAGAGUUUUAUAUAAAAAGAAUAGGUGUAUAUUUUCAAUUGUGUAAAAUCAUAGGCAGAUGGGUUUUAUGACAAUGAGUUCUGAACCUGUUUACUUUUUCUGUUCGGCUGACAUUCAAAGAAAUAUUCUAGUUAUAGAAAUAUAGAUGGCAGGUUAACAGUGUUACAAAAUCUAUUAGGGUAACCCCGAGUAAAGCGAAAGUUAGCAAUGUGGAACACCAUAUAUAUAGGUUUACGUCCUACCUAAAUACGCGGAAAAACAUGUUU